AAAAAUAGACCCGCCUUUUCACCACUAAUUACAAACUCUCACUUCUUCCCUUCUUAUUGAUUGUGAGCUACUGUUCAAAAGUUUCCUGUCCUGUAUCCCAUCACUCAAUCGAAAAUCAAAGCCGAUCUCACGUCGAAUUACCCUACGUUAUUGAUAGACUCCCGUCCUUAUUUACACAGUAUUCUCGUGCUUCUCUUACCAUACAGUAACUUACCACUACGUGACAUUAGCUAGUCCUUGGCAUUAUCAUUGUCGUUUCGAGAGAUUGCUAUACUACCAAAAUGCACUUAUAAAUUUCCUUCUAUUGAUGGAAUAUAGCGUCUCUUUUUCUUCUCUUCACAUUUCCACGGUUGCUCACCCAAGCUUCUUCGGGAGGUAGAAGCCCCUGUAUACUUCGUUUCGAUGGAGAGAAAACGAAAGCUACCGGCGAGGGCUGCCGCAAGAGUUGAACAUGUCUCCAAAAAACGAACUGCGACACCUCCCGAGCGAUCUGUAACUCCAGUUCCUGCAUCGGCAUCGACUCCGGUACCUACUGAAACUGUUCCGGAAGACCCUCCUCUACCAAAAUCUAUCCAGGCCGGUAAUCCCUUACCGACCGUCGAACAUCCGCAACCCGAUGAUCUCUCAAGUAAAGAUUACCAGUCCAUUCAAGAAAGUGGUGUACUAGCCGAAUCACUCUUAAGAUCGCGUCAAAAAUGGGCUCACGAAGGCGUCUUUGAGAAGUAUUGGACUAAACCCACGAAGCGGAAAGGCGUCGUCAAAGAGGACCCCAACAACCCCCCUAAAGAUAGCAUGACCAAGCUCGGUCAAGUUACGAUUACUGUCGAGCCUCACGUUCUCGAAGCUACUAUGUACGCUGUCAAAGAUCCGAAACCUGCGCCUACUACCAACUCUACUUUCCGACCCAUCGUACAAUAUGGUCCUCCAAAUGGUGCCAUGCCCCCUCCUCCGAAACCGAGCACACCAUCCACACCGAGCGCACCGGUAGCCUCGCCUUCGCAGCCGCCAGCUCAGCCACCCUCGCAACCAUCCUCGACAGCGCAACCGCCAGUACAAGCGCAAGGCCAGACACAACCUCAGUCGCAGACGCAGCAAUUAGAUCUGCAGCGACCUCCAUCUACCACCAUACCUCCUAAUAAGCCAUUAGCCUCCCCACGUGGUCUAGACUCGGUCCUUGCCGCUCCUCAGCACCCACCGACGAUCCCUCCCACGACAGGCCCCUCACAGCCAGCACCCCCUCAGCCUAGAGGGCCCUCUCAACCCGGAUUGAGUACCAACCGACCGCUACAUGCUCCUAACUCAGGAGCAACUACAGCCGUCACGGGACCGGCUGUCCCCGCGCCAGCCAAGUCUUCUACGCCAGCUGCAAAACCGGCAACGCCGACUGCUCCCGGUGCUGAUCCUAUAAUAGUUACACUGGCGGAGAGAGCAUCUGAAGAUCCCCAACUCCGCGAUCUUAUGAAGCGCGUUGCUAUUGGCGACGCCGCACCCGCUGAGCUGGCGCACUUUCAAAAGAUAAUUGACCAGAUUACCGCCGAUUAUAAGAAAAAAGGGGGCCAACACGGUCCAUCAGCGGAUAGGCUCAUCGUAGACGGAAGAACGGUCAAGUAUUUCGCCGACGAGGUCCGAACUAUACUUGAAAUCGUUCUCGCUUCCAACCCGCAUCAGAGAUCCAAUGAUCUGAGGACACCAUCAGGAAGCGAUCCAUUAGUAAUUCUGCUCGUGAAGAAGGCCUUGGAUGAUGUGGUUACGCGGGACAUUGUUAGGAGAAUAGCUGAGGGCAAAACUAAAUUCACAGAUACCACGGAUUUGAAGACGACUCUUGAUAAACUGAAAGAUCUUGUAGUGAAGGAAACCUCAAAACCCCAGCAGGUGACAACAGGGGCUUCUCAGACAACGGCUACGAACGGGGUAGAGAGUCCUACUGUACAAACCGGUUCUGUGUCAAGAAAGGCAUCACUUACCGGGCCUGGACAACCUACUCAUACGUCUAAUUCCCAGCAGGCGCUACGCUCAAAGGGACCGCCACCAUCUAUCAAACCCGAUAUCUCGGCUAUCGUACUGGAAUUUUCUGGAGGUACCGGUGACAGGUACUUGUUCCCCAAGUACAGCAUCAUCGAAUAUGUCAACCCUACUCAGGCCGUUGCAUCCUUCCUUAUAGUACGAAAGGGAAGCAAGUUAGAGUACGGAGGGGAUCCUGCAUUGGACUAUUAUCAGCCUGUGACGAUCCGGAUAUAUGCCCAGUCCCCUAAACACCUAGAGAGUUUGGCCAGGGUAGUCGCUCCUCAGGAUGAAGUGCGACGCUACAUGGAUGAUAUCAUGGAUAAUAUGACACGGGCUGAGUACGUGCUCCUCGCAAUGCGCCUGCCAAAAGCGGAUAAGGAGGAGCAAGUAGAGGAGGGCACUAGUACGCCAAAGGCAGAUCCGGUAAAUCAGCCUCAGCAGUCUAAGGUGCUGUGGAACAGCAAGGUUUCUUCUACGGCGACUCCGCCGCAGAAACCUAUAACAAAACCACUGGGCGAGGACGAGCAGUACCAGAGCUUCAUCGCCACUGUAAGCUAGAAAGUCAGGGUAGAGAAUGCUCUUGGACGCUUGCGCGGGAAUCUCCUGGAUUGAGGGACGAGUCUUGCUACUUAGAAGUCGAAGAAAAUGGCGCGAAUAAGGUAUGGAUGGAUGGGUUAUUGCUUUGAUGGACUUGAAGAUUUGAUAUGAGAUACCUAGGUUGGGCGGAAUAGGCGUAU